GCCAAGGACGAGGAUGGCCGCACACCCCUCCACUUGGCUGCUAGUGUUUGGUUUGGGAGUGCUGAGUGUGUGUCUGCCCUCAUACCCUCCAGUGACCUUAACGCCAAGGACAAGGAUGGCCGCACACCCCUACACUUGGCUACUGAGCUGGGCAGUGCUGAGCGUGUGUCUGCGUUUAUAUCCUCCAAUGACCUUAACGCCAAUGACAAGCAUGGCUGCACACCCCUCCACUUGGCUGCUAGGCGGGGCAGUGCUGAGUGUUUGUCUGCCCUCAUAUUCUCCAGUGCCUUUAACGCCGAGGACAAGGAUGGCCGCACACCCCUCCACUUGGCUGCUAUGCGGGGAAGUGUUGAGUGUGUGUCUGCCCUCAUGUUCUCUUGUGACCUUAACGCCAAAGACAACACACCCCUCCACUUGGCUGCUAAGCGGGGCAGCGCUGAGUGUGUCUCUGUCUUCACACCCUCCAGUGACCUUAACGCCAAAGACAAGGAUGGUCGCACACCCCUCCACUUGGCUGCUAGUGUUUCUUUGAGGAGUGCUGAGUGUGUGUCUGCCCUCAUACCCUCCAGUGCCUUUAACGCCGAAGACAAGGAUGGCCGCACACCCCUCCACUUGGCCGCUACGCGGGGCAGUGUUGAGUGUGUGUCUGCCCUCAUACCCUCCAGUGACCUUAACGCCAAGGACAAGGAUGGCCGCACAUCAUUACACUUGGCUGCUGAGCAGGGCAGUGCUGAGCGUGUGUCUGCGUUUAUAUCCUCCAAUGACCUUAACGCCAAUGACAAGGAUGGCUGCACACCCCUCCACUUGGAUGCUAGGCGGGGCAGUGCUGAGUGUGUCUCUGCCCUCAUAUCCUCCAGUGCCUUUAACGCCGAGGACAAGGAUGGCCGCACACCCCUCCACUUGGCUGCUAUGCGGGGAAGUGUUGAGUGUGUGUCUGCCCUCAUGUUCUCUUGUGACCUUAACGCCAAAGACAAGGAUGGCCGCACACCCCUCCACUUGGCUGCUAUGCGGGGCAGUGUUGAGUGUGUGUCUUCACUCAUGCCCUUUAGUGACUUUAACGCCAAAGACAAGGAUGGCCGCACACCCCUCCACUUGGCUGCUAGUGUUUCUUUGAGGAGUGCUGAGUUUGUCUCUGCCCUCAUACCCUCCAGUGACCUUAACACCAAGGACAAGGAUGGCCGCACACCCCUCCACUUGGCUGCUGAGCUGGGCAGUGCUGAGCGUGUGUCUGCGUUUAUAUCCUCCAAUGACCUUAACGCCAAUGACAAGGAUGGCUGCACACCCCUGCACUUGGCUGCUAGGCGGGGCAGUGCUGAGUGUGUGUCUGCCCUCAUAUCCUCCAGUGCCUUUAACGCCAAGGACAAGGAUGGCCGCACACCCCUCCACUUGGCUGAUAUGCGGGGAAGUGUUGAGUGUGUGUCUGCCCUCAUGUUCUCUUGUGACCUUAACGGCAAAGACAAGGAUGGCCGCACACCCCUCCACUUGGCUGCUAUGCAGGGCAGUGUUGAGUGUGUGUCUUCCCUCAUGCCCUUUAGUGACUUUAACGCCAAAGACAAGGAUGGCCGCACACCCCUCCACUUGGCUGUUAGUGUUUCUUUGAGGAGUGCUGAGUGUGUCUCUGCUCUCAUACCCUCCAAUAACCUUAACGCCAAAGACACGGCUGGCAGCACACCCCUCCACUUGGCUGCUAAGCGGGGCAGCGCUGAGUGUGUCUCUGUCCUCACACCCUCCAGUGACCUUAACGCCAAAGACAAGGAUGGUCGCACACCCCUCCACUUGGCUGCUAGUGUUUCUUUGAGGAGUGCUGACUGUGUCUCUGCCCUCAUACCCUCCAGUGACCUAAACGCCAAGGACAAGGAUGGCCGCACACCCCUCCACUUGGCUGCUGAGCUGGGCAGUGCUGAGUGUGUGUCUGCCCUCAUGCCCUCCAAUAACCUUAAUGCCAAAGACAAGGAUGGCCGCACACCCCUUCACUUGGCUGCUAUGCGGGGCAGUGUUGAGUGUGUGUCUUCCCUCAUGCCCUCUAGUGACUUUAACGCCAAAGACAAGGAUGGCCGCACACCCCUCCACUUGGCUGCUAAGCGGGGCAGCGCUGAGUGUGUCUCUGCCCUCAUACCCUCCAGUGACCUUAACGCCAAGGACGAGGAUGGCCGCACACCCCUCCACUUGGCUGCUAGUGUUUGGUUUGGGAGUGCUGAGUGUGUGUCUGCCCUCAUACCCUCCAGUGACCUUAACGCCAAGGACAAGGAUGGCCGCACACCCCUCCACUUGGCUGCUGAGCUGGGCAGUGCUGAGUGUGUGUCUGCCCUCAUGCCCUCCAAUAACCUUAACGCCAAAGACACGGCUGGCAGCACACCCCUCCACUUGGCUGCAAAGCGGGGCAGUGCUGAGUGUGUCUCUGCCCUCAUACCCUCCAGUGACCUUAACGCCAAGAACGAGGAUGGCCGCACACCCCUCCACUUGGCUGCUGAGUGGGGCAGUGCUGAGUGUGUAUCUGCCCUCAUACCCUUCAGUGACCCUAACGCCAAAGACGAGGAUGGCCGCACACCCCUCCACUUGGCUGCUGAGCUGGGCAGUGCUGAGUGUGUGUCUGCCCUCAUGCCCUCCAGUGACCUUAACGCAAAGGACAAGUAUGGCUGCACACCCCUCCACUUGGCUGCUGAGCUGGGCAGUGCUGAGUGUGUGUCUGCCCUCAUACCCUCCAGUGACCUUAACGCCAAAGACAAGGAUGGCCGCACACCCCUCCACUUGGCUGCUGAGCAGGGCAUUGCUGAGUGUUUGUCUGCCCUCAUACACUCCAGUGACCUUAACGCCAAAGACAAGGAUGGCCGCACACCCCUCCACUUGGCUGCUAGUGUUUCUUUGGGGAGUGCUGAGUGUGUGUCUGCCCUCAUACCCUCCAGUGACCUUAACUGUCUGGCCUCAUGCCUUCCAGUGACCUUAAGAACAAAGACAAAGAUGGCCACACACCCCUCCACUGGGCUGUUAUGCGGGGCAGUGCUGAGUGUGUGUCUGCCCUCAUACCUUCCAGUGACCUUAACGCCAAGGACUAAGAUGGCCGCACAUUCUACCACUUGGCUGCUAUGCGGGGCAGUGCUGAGUGUGUGUCUGCCUUCAUGCCCUCCAGUGACCUUAACGAUAAAGACAAGGAUGGCCGCACACCCCUCCACUUGGCCGCUACGCGGGGCAGUUUUGAGUGUGUCUGCCCUCAUACCCUCCAGUGACCUUAACGCCAAUGACAAGGAUGGCUGCACACCCCUCCACUUGGCUGCUAGGCGGGGCAGUGCUGAGCGUGUGUCUGCGUUUAUAUCCUCCAAUGACCUUAACGCCAAUGACAAGGAUGGCUGCACACCCCUCCACUUGGCUGCUAGGCGGGGCAGUGCUGAGUGUGUGUCUGCCCUCAUAUCCUCCAGUGCCUUUAACGCCGAGGACAAGGAUGGCCGCACACCCCGCCACUUGCCUCCUAAUGUUUGGUUGGGAAGUGCUGAGUGUGUGUCUCUCAUCAUACUCUACAGUGACCUUAACGCCAAGGACAAGGAUGGCCGCACACCCUUCAACUUGGCUCCUGAGCGGGUCAGUGCUGAAUGCGUUUCUUCCCUCAUACCCUCCAGUGACGUUAACGCCAAGGACAAGAAUGGCCGCACACCCCUCCACUUGGCUGCUAUGCGGGGCAGUGCUGAUUGUGUGUUUGCCCUCAAACCCUCCAGUGACCUUAACGCAAAAGACAAGGAUGGCCGCACACACUUUCACCUGGCUGCUGAGCGGGGCAGAGCUAAGUGUAUGUUUACCCUCACACCCUCCAGUGACCAUAACGCCAAGGACAAGAAUGGCCGCACACCCCUCCACUUGGCUGCUAUGCGGGGCAUUGCUGAUUGUGUGUUUGCCCUCAUACCCUCCACUGACCUUAACGCCAAAGACAAGGAUGGCUGCACACCUCUCCACUUGGCUGCUGAGCGGGCCAGUGCAGUGUUUGUGUUUGCCCUUAUACCGUUCAGUGACCUUAGCGCCAAGGACACGGCUGGCCGCACACCCCUCCUCUUGGCUGGUGAGCGGGGCAGUACUGAAUGUGUGUUUGCCCUCAUACCCUCAAGUGACCUUAACGCCAAGAACACGGCUGGCCGCACACCCCUCCACUUGGCUGCUGAGUGAGUCAUUGUUGAAUGUGUGUCUGCGCUCAUACCCUCCAGUGACCUUAACGCCAAGGACACGACUGGCCGCAAACCCCUCCACUUGGCUGCUGAGCGGGGCAGUUUUGAGUGUGUGUCUGCCUUCAUACACUCCAGUGACCUUAACGCCAAGGACAAGGAUGGCCGCACAUUCCUCCACUUGGCUGCUGAGCGGGGCAGUGCUGAGUGUGUGUCUUCCCUCAUACCCUCCAGUGACCUCAACGCCAAGGACGAGGAUGGCCGCACUCUCCUCCACUUGGCUGCUAUGCGGAUCAGAGCUGAAUGUGUGUUUGCCCUCAUAUCCUCCAGUGACGUUAACGCCAAGGAAACGGCUAGCCGCACACCCCUCCACUUGGCUGCUGAGCGGAGCAGUGUUCAGUGUGUGUCUUCUCUCAUGCCCUCCAGUGACCUUAACCUCAAGGACAAGGAUGGCCGCACACCCCUCCACUUGGGUGCUAGUGUUUGGUUGGGCAGUACUGAAUGUGUGUCUGCCCUCAUACCCUCCAGUGACCUUAACGCCAUGGACGAGUAUGGCCGCACACCCCUCCACUUGGCUGCUGAGGAGCGGAUUUUUUUUUUUUUAACGUUGCUGCCUAUUGCGCCGUUAGGCUUCUUCCCUGUGGGGCCUCAUGGUCGGCCCAAGGCUUUUUCCAGGUGGAGCCUGAUGGUCGGCCCAGCCCGUUCUGGCGCAGGCGAGUGUUGAUAGCAUCGCCAUCUUGCAUUUGCUCAUGCUGUCCCCCCGAAACUCGUUCUUGAUUCGCUUGGACGGCUUCCUCUAGAGUCCGGGUUGAUGGGUGGUCUUCAGGACAGCAUGUGGGUAGUUUUAAGCUACUCGGCGGUGACUGAAAAAUCCGAGGUGGUAGCGUGGGGAUUUGACCCCGUGUCGUCCAUCAAGCGGUGAAUGUGGGCCCAGUACGCUACCAGUUCAGCCACCUCCUACCCUGUGCUGAGUGUAUGUCUGCCCUCAUACCCUCCAGUGACCUUAAUGCCAAAGACAAGGAUGGCCGCACACCCAUCCACUUGGCUUCUAUGCGGGGCUGUGCUGAAUGCGUCUGCCGUCAUACACUCCAGUGACCUUAACGCCAAGGACACGGCAGGCCGCACACCCCUCCACUUGGCUUCUAUAGUGGGCAGUGCUGAUUGUGU